UCGCUGUUCGUAGUUCGUAGUUGCUGAAAAUAAAUUGAAAUUUAUUUUUAAACAGCAACGCUGCUUUAUAAACUUGUCAUAUUCAUAUUCCAAGUACUACGUGCAAAGUGUAAAACAAAAGUGUAUCGCUCGCUACCGCCACCGCUACAUCGUUGUGUCGCGUUCAACAAGCUGCGCGUGUUAUUGUCGUUGUUGUUGUUGUUAUUGGUGGUGCGUUCCGUUCUCACCUGCAUACGCAAGCAGCUCAUUAUACUUAACUUUUUUUUUGCUAUUUCUUGUUGUUUUAAGUGAGCAAUUUAUGUUUAUCAUUGUUGUCAGCAGUCGCAAGAAACUGACGGCCGAAAACAACGUUCGCUGCGAGUAGUUUUUUUUUGUUGCGUGUGCAGCGGCUGCGACCAACGAACCAAUUGAUUUUUCAACAAACCAACCAACGUGCUUUGGUUUUGCUGUGGAUCGCCAGGGAAGGGAAGGAGUGCACAUUGGCGCGCGUAGCCGGCAGCAGCAAGCGGCAAGCAGACAUAACCUCAACACACCGCCGACGCACAGCUGUUGCACAUACUGCAACACACAACAACAACGAAGCCGAAAAACGCUGAUACAAUACACGAGUACAAGCUGUUUGCUAUUUGUUUGUUUCCUACUUCUAAAACCAUAUACUAAGCCUGACAACAAGUUAGUAGAAAUAGAAAGCGCAGUAAAAUGAAUAUCGACACACUGCGCAAUGAAUGGGAGGAACUUAGUCGCGAAUACACGGAGCUGGAGACCUGCAACAGACGCUAUAUAGAGCUUUUGGAACAGUUGCACAGCCAUCAGCAGAAAUGCUUCAACGAGAUCAAACACCAGCGAUAUCGCAUGAAUCAAAUAACAGCCUCAUUGCGACAAUUCAAAGGACCCUUCGACCCCGAAGAGAAGGAGAAAGUCGAUGAUCUGCAACGCAUGACGCUUAAGCGAAAGGCCCAACUCCAUGAAAUCGAACAGUCGUUGCCCGCCAAAUCGGGUCGAUAUCUGCAGAUAAUACUCGGCGAUGUGAACGUUUCAAUUCUUAACAGAAAUGACAAAGUACGCUACAAAGAUGACUAUGAGAAGUUUAAGUUAAUACUCAACGUGAUUGGACUGAUAAUGGCGUUUUUCAAUUUGAUAUUCAACUAUCGAGCCCUGGAGCUGACGUUCAUAUUUCUGCUGGUCUGGUAUUACUGCACGCUGACCAUACGCGAGUCCAUACUGAAGGUCAAUGGGUCGCGCAUCAAGGGUUGGUGGCGCGCCCAUCACUUCAUUUCGACGGUGGCAGCUGGCGUCCUUCUCGUUUGGCCCCAGGGCGAGCACUGGCAGCUGUUCCGCCUGCAGUUCAUGUAUUUUAACGUAUACAUAAGCAUUGUGCAGUAUCUGCAGUUUGGCUAUCAGAAGGGACUGCUCUAUCGCCUGAAGGCGCUGGGUGAGCGCCACAACAUGGACAUUACCAUCGAGGGCUUUCACUCGUGGAUGUGGCGCGGCCUCAGCUUUCUAUUGCCCUUCCUCUUCAUUGGCUAUGCAUUUCAGGCCUACAAUGCCUGGACAUUGUACAAGCUGGCCUACAACCCGCCCGAUGCGCCGUGGCACGUGUCGGUCAUGUGUGGCCUAUUCCUGCUCCUGUUCGUGGGCAAUAUGACGACGGCGCUCCUGGUGGUGCCGGAGAAGAUUCGUGAACGCGCCAAGGAGCGCUAUCGCCUCCUCAGCAUGGGCAAGUCCAUGAAGCUGCGAAAGGAGAUGAAGAACAGCGCCAGUGAUCUGGACAUAUCGUCCUCUACAAACGUGGUGCCGGAACCCGAAAAGAAGGAGAACUAAAUAAAUGGGACUAUACGCCGGCACGGCCCUGCCCUUCUGUCCGGAACAUUUAAUUCUUAUUUAUUUUUUUUUUUUUUUUUUGUUUUAUUUACUUACUAGUUUCUUUCAUAGAACUAUUUUUUGCCUAUGUUUAAGACUUCAUAUACUUUUAGGCACCUUUUUGUUUUUGUCUCGGUCUUUCCCCUAACAUCGGAACAAAAAGCCAACAAAAUUGAAACGUUAGCAAAUUUUAAGGUCAGAUCAGAUGUGCUAUCAAUUGUAAAAAAUCACUAAAGGAAAAUUUAUUUUCUCGCA